AUGAUUCUAGGUACCGGCUGGGCAAGCUUCCGAGUGCUUGCCGACAUUGAUACUAAGAAAGCGGAUGUCACGGUGGUAUCUCCACGAAACCAUCUGCUGUUUACACCGAUGUUGGCUUCUUCUGCGCUGGGCACGGUGAAUCAACGAUCCAUUUGCCAACCAGUGCGGCCCAUGGUAGCCAAGAAGAAUGCCACCUACUACGAAAGCGCAGUUGUAGCCAUUGACAGAGAUGGCAAGAAGGUCACCUGCAGAACUGACGCCGGCCAGGAGUACAAGCUGCCCUAUGAUAAGUUGGUUGUUGGAGUGGGCUUUCAGCCCAACGACUUCAACAUCCCUGGCGUAAAGGAACAUGCUUUGUUCAUGAAAGAGACGGCAGAUGCCACAAGAUUCAAGGACCACGUCUUGGAGAAGUUGGAGGAAGCAUCCUACCACCACGCCCUGGAUAGCGACCUCACAGUUAGCGAUGAAGAAAGGGCACGCAUUCAGGACUUGCUGACCUUCGUAGUUGUAGGAGGUGGCCCGACAGGUGUGGAGCUUGCAGGUGAACUGACUGACUUCCUCUACAGCGAGGGCGCAAAGCUUUACGGACACCUGAAGCACUACAUCCGCGUGCACAUGUUCACCUACGAUAUCUUGAACACCUUCGAUCAAGAUUUGCAGGACUAUGCCAUUUCCCAUCUUCAGAGAAAGCAAAACGUGCAGAUCCAUCUCGGUGCUUUCGUGCAGAAAGUGGAGCCGGAUGUAGUUCACGUCAAGACAGGGGAGAGCUUGAUGUCGAUUCGAUAUGGCACUCUAGUGUGGUGUGCCGGAAUCAAGCCCCACCCUUUCAUCAAGUCGUUUGGCUUCAUGAUGAAUGACAGGGGAUCCCAAAUCCUUGUGGAUCCCUACUUGAAAGUGAAGGGGGAGGAGGACAUCUACGCUAUCGGGGACUGUUCCACCAUAGAAGACUAUUGGCUUCCGCAAACUGCGCAAGUCGCCAAUCAGCAGGGGCAAUAUCUGGCCAAAGUGCUGAGCCAGAAAGACCCCAUCAACAUAAAGCCGUUUGAGUUCCACAACAAGGGCACGAUGGCCUAUCUCGGUGGGUUCAACGCUGUCAUGGCCAAGCUCCCUGGAAUCAGCAAAGUGACCGGAUUCGUUGCAUUUCUUGGCUGGCGGUUCACCUACUGGUUUCUGCAGCUAUCGAUGAGAAACCGUUUCAUGUUGCUCACCGACUGGUUGCGAACCUUGAUCUUCGGACGUGACCUCACAAGAUUCGGGCCUCGAUCCAAGCCCACCUGA